AUGCCGUUAGAGACGAGACUGCGCGGCCAAGUGUUCGAGAUGCUUAUCCCCAAGGAAGACCGCAAGAAGAUCCACGAGUACCUCUUCCGCGGUAUGUUACCGUCGACUCCCAAUCGUGCGGCUUUCGCAGCGCAGAUUGAGGGUGUGCUCGUGGCCAAGAAGGACUUCAACCUUCCCAAGCAUGGCGACAUUGACACCAAGAACCUCUACGUGAUCAAGGCCUGCCAGUCCCUGAACUCCCGCGGCUAUAUCAAGACCCAGUUCUCGUGGCAGUACUACUACUACACCCUCACCCCUGAGGGUCUUGACUACCUCCGCGAGUGGCUCCACCUUCCCGCCGAGGUUGUUCCCGCUACCCACAUCAAGCAGCAGCGUUCUCACGCUCCCCCUCGCGGCAUGAUGGGUGGUGAGGAGCGCGAGCGUCGCCCCCGUGCUCCCCGUGAGGGUGGCCGUGAGGGUGGCUACCGUCGCCGUGAGCAGGAGCCCAAGGAGGGUGGCGCCCCCGGCGAGUUCGCCCCCAGCUUCCGCGGUGGCUUCGGCCGUGGCCGUGGUGCCCCCUCUUCUUAA